AUGUGCCACACCAGCUGUUCCACAGGCUGCCAGCCGACCUGCUGUGUGUCCAAUCCCUGCCAGUCAUCCUGCUGUGUGUCCAGUCCCUGCCAGCCAUCCUGCUUUGUGUCCAGUCCCUGCCAGCCAUCCUGCUGUGUACCUGCCAUGUGCAUUCCUGUGAGAUUGCAGGUGGUCUGCUGUUACCCUGUGAGCUGUAGACCUAGUGUGUGUGUGGCUCCUUCCUGCCAGUCCUCCGUGUGUGUUCCUGUGAGCUGCAGGCUUGCUGUGUGUGUGGUCCCCAGCUGCCAGUCCUCUAGGUGCUGUCAGCCAUCCUGCCCCACCGUGUUCUGCAGACCUGUGUCCUGUGGCACCUCCGCCUCCUGCUCACCAGCAGAGCCCAGACUGCUCUUCCCAGCGCUUGUGCCUGCAUCCACACCCUUCCCAGCACCUGUGCUCUGUGGCCACGGUGCAGCACCUAAGGCAGUUUUAGGGUCUGCUCAUGCAACCCUGGACUUCCCAGUGAGAACACAGAGGACAGCCGAAUGA